UCUGGAAUUCAGACGGGGACACUCGAGUUCGCCAGCGACGUCAAGGAAAUUAUCGAUUUUCGCAAGUAAAGUGAAAAAACUGACUCCGCUGGCCGAAAAGUCUUUAAAGUUCCAUAAUACUCGGGUGAAAUCUUAAGGAAUAUCGUGUAAAAUCGAACUCAUUGAGAGCCCCAGCUAGCCUGUAGUUGUGGGCGUGGCAGCUGGUUGGGAGCCCUGGUCACAAAACGACAUGGCCGACAGCGAAUUCGAGGAGUUCCACAGGCCCAUCUUUGAGCCACAUACGAUUGCGGGAUUUGGAAGUGGAGCAGGCAGCAAGAAAAAUAAUCCCCAUGCAUUUUACUCUUUAAUUCCCAACGAUGACCUGGAGGACUCGCACUCCUCGAAGAGCGAUGGCGAUGGCUCCGAUCAGGAGGACGGCAUUGGUCUGGUGGACCACGAGCCCAAGUUGCGCCAAGUGGAGGACGAUGAGCUGGGCGAUGGCCUGAAGGUCACUCUGUCCUCGGAUGGAUCCCUGGACACCAACGACUCGUUCAACUCGCACCGACAUCAUCCGUUGAAUCAUCAGGAUGCAAUUGGUGGCUUUCUGGGCAUGGACACCAGUGGACUGGGCGGCAAUAGUGCUCCUGUGACCAUUGGAGCUAGUACAGAUCUUUUGGCCCCGAAUUCGGCUGCCACGCGUCGUCGUCGCAAGUUGCCCGAAAUCCCGAAAAACAAGAAAUCUUCCAUUCUGCAUCUUCUAGGUGGCACCAACUUUGGCUCCCUGGCCGAUGAGUUCCGCAAUAAUGGAGGUGGCAACGGAGGAGGAGCUGCUCCUCCUUUAGCAGCUCGCAGUGGACAACAGCGCUCAUUCCUGUCCCUCAAAUGCGGCUAUCUAAUGGACGAGGACUCCAGUCCGGAUUCGGAGAGGAUGCAGAGUCUGGGCGACGUGGACAGUGGUCACAGCACCGCCCACUCGCCGAAUGACUUCAAGAGCAUGUCUCCCCAGAUCACGUCUCCCGUUUCGCAAUCGCCCUUCCCCCCGCCCUUUGGGGGCGUGCCCUUCGGCCAGCUGGAGAUGCUGGAGGCCACCCACCGGGGGCUGCACAAGUUUGUGCCGCGGCACCAUGACGAGAUCGAGCUGGAGAUCGGCGACGCCAUCUACGUGCAAAAGGAGGCCGAGGAUCUGUGGUGCGAGGGCGUGAAUCUGCGCACCGGAAGGCAGGGCAUCUUCCCCUCGGCCUAUGCCGUCGAUCUGGACUACAACGAGUUCGAUCCCACGGUGCAGCUGGUGAAGAAGGAGCGCUACCUGCUCGGCUACCUGGGCUCCGUGGAGACGCUGGCGCACAAGGGCACCGGGGUCGUCUGCCAGGCGGUGCGCAAGAUUGUCGGCGAGUACGGGAACUCACCCACCGGACAGACCUGCAUCCUGGAGGUCUCCGACCAGGGACUGCGCAUGGUGGACCGAUCGGGACCGAAUCAAAACAAAAAGGACAAGAAGCCGUGCAUCGACUACUUCUACUCCCUGAAGAACGUGUCCUUCUGUGCAUUUCACCCUCGCGAUCACCGCUUCAUUGGCUUCAUCACCAAACAUCCCACGGUUCAGCGGUUCGCCUGUCACGUCUUCAAGGGCUCCGAGUCCACCAGGCCAGUGGCCGAGGCAGUGGGUCGUGCUUUCCAGCGAUUCUAUCAGAAAUUCAUUGAGACCGCUUAUCCCAUCGAGGACAUCUACAUUGAGUAGGCUUGCGAAAGAUUUGCGGUUUGUGCUUCUAGUCGAGGAAUUCUCAUUAAUCAAUACGAUAUAUAUAUUUUUUGUGCGGUUAUUACGAAUAAAAAAAAGAUAAAUCUCAAGAAAUAUUUGCUCUUCUUCAAAGAGAAUCUUAUAAAACAAAUUCAAUAAGCUCGCAAUAGAAACCCUAGCUGUAGAUUAUUAUCAUUUUACCGUUCCUAAAAAUUGUGCAAGAUCUUAGACCUGUAAAUAGUUAGCCUUGGUUCCAAACUCCCACUUGACACUCAAGCUUCAAGCAAUCAGCAAUAGUUGCCCCUUAAAUAGGAACCCCUUUAUACACACGAGUACACAUAGCAUAUAGACCAAAGCACAACCAAUAAGUUGAAAUCCCUAGAAAGUACUUUGAAGAUCCCAGAAUUUUGAAUCGGAAGUUGGGUCUAUUGUGUUUAUCAGAAGUGAUUAAUUUAGAUUGGUUUAUGGAACUCGAGACCCCAAAACCUGGCAAAAGCACAAAAUAGAUUGAGGCCAAAGUAAUCUAGAGAUCUUCGUUUAGUUAUGUCAAUCUUUCAGUUACUCAGAGACUCAACAAUAUCGAACACCAGCUGCUACAUUUUCAAGUACUCUCAAUAAAAGCCCAGUUCUAAGCAGACGAAUAUAUACUGUACAUGUAUACAAAAGAAAUAUAUAUAUAAAGAAACUAUAAAUCAAA